GUAAAAGGUUCAGCUACUCACCCAGCUGAGUAACCCACUGAGCGAGUGAGCCGAGUAUUGAGCGAGUAGUGCGCAGCCUACCCAUGAUAUUGUAUCGUUAAAAGACUUCAAACUGACCAUCCUGGAGCGCUAUGGAUACCAUCGCGCAAUUUCCAAGCAAAGCAAUUGCUUCUAUUUUUAUACCAACAGUGGAAGCUUUCAAACCCCUCCUUGUGGCGAAUAAAUCCCAGAUUCUUUCAGUUCCAUCAACGACUUACUCCUAUGGACAGCACAAACGGCAACAACUGGACUUGUACGAAGAAAGUACCCACUCUUCAUCUUCUCCCAUAAUCAUCUUUUUUUACGGUGGAGGGCUAAACAGAGGCGACAAAAUUCUCCCUCUUAUCCCGUCAUCGCUAGUCUAUCACAAUUUUGGUGCCUUCUUUACCAAGAGGGGCUUCACGACAAUAAUUGCCGAUUACCGUCGAGUUACUGAUGUAGCCCUGGGCACAGGUGAAGAUGCUGUUUUCCCAUCGGGAGGCGAAGAUGUGGGAGUUGUCUUAGACUGGCUCGAAUCCACGUAUCUACGGUCUUGCGAUGGCAAGGCCCAAAAGAUGCGCGACGUCUUUCUCAUGGGCAACUCUGCAGGCGGUGUGCACGUUUCUACGUAUCUCUUGGAUCAGCGUUUUGAGAACCAGAGAUAUGCGCUACGACAGUCUCAACUCUGUUCUUUACGUGGCUCUGCAUUAAUAAGCGUCCCGCUCGAUUUCAAGUCCGCGACCCCUGAGCGAUCCGACAUUCUUCAAACUUACUAUCCUCCAAAUUUAUCUGGCACGCAACAAGAAUCAUCUCAUGAUCUUUUCUGUCCAAAUGGCCUCCUGCAAACUUUGAAGGCCAGAAAAGGAUCAAUGGGGACGCUUGAGAUUGCACGUAACGGCAUGCCGAAUAUUUUGGUGAUGUUGGGAGAACUUGAUCCCGAGGACGAAAUUGUCGAACCGAACGAACGAUUUUUAAGUCUAUGGGAUGACUGUUUUGGAAGCGGACAGGGAAUAGAAUUGAAGUGGAUGAGAGGACAUAAUCAUAUUAGUCCACCAUUCUCGCUGAUGAGUGGUGAUAAAAAAGGAGAAGAAUGGGCAGAGAAUGUGGUUGAGUGGAUGAAAAACUUGCAGAAUUGAAGACGACAUGGUCAAAAACACUAUAGAUUAAGGUAACGGAGCUUGCUCAGAUGCGCGACGAUGGAGGCUGGAUAGCUAAACAUAUGAUCAGCGGAUGGUGGAUCGUGAGAGCGUGGGAGCUUCCGAUGGAUAGUAUGCCAAAUAUUUAUGCUGGACGCCAUUCUCGUUCCUCAUUGUCGCCGCGCCUCAUAUUGUAUCAUUUUGCCUUUAUCGUUUCACUGUACCAUUCUCAAUAGCGAACACAAAUAUCUAACAUAUUCAAGGGAGAUAUUUCGGCCUGUUUGGAGGUGCUUAGCAAGCAAGUCAGUCCU